GCCAGCAGCGUGGCCCGGGCGGGCGGGGCGCAAGCGGUGAGUGUGCGCUUUUGAGCGGCGGCGGCCCUAGCUCGCGCGUCCGCCGGGAUGAGCUACGACCGCGCCAUCACCGUCUUCUCGCCCGACGGCCACCUCUUCCAAGUGGAGUACGCGCAGGAGGCGGUCAAGAAGGGCUCCACUGCGGUUGGUGUUCGAGGAAGGGACAUUGUUGUUCUUGGUGUGGAAAAAAAAUCAGUGGCCAAGCUACAAGAUGAAAGAACGGUGCGGAAGAUCUGUGCUUUGGACGAUAAUGUCUGCAUGGCCUUUGCAGGCCUCACUGCAGAUGCAAGGAUAGUUAUCAACAGAGCCCGGGUGGAAUGCCAGAGCCACCGGCUGACUGUGGAGGACCCAGUCACCGUGGAGUACAUCACCCGCUACAUCGCCAGUCUGAAGCAGCGCUACACACAGAGCAAUGGGCGCAGGCCGUUUGGCAUCUCUGCCCUCAUUGUGGGAUUUGACUUUGAUGGCACCCCCAGACUCUACCAGACUGACCCCUCAGGCACAUACCAUGCCUGGAAGGCCAAUGCCAUAGGCCGGGGCGCCAAGUCAGUGCGUGAGUUCCUGGAGAAGAACUAUACUGAUGAUGCCAUCGAGACCGAUGAUCUGACCAUCAAACUAGUGAUCAAGGCACUUUUGGAAGUGGUCCAGUCAGGUGGCAAAAACAUUGAACUUGCUGUCAUGAGGAGGGAUCAGCCCCUCAAGAUUCUAAACCCUGAAGAAAUCGAGAAGUAUGUUGCGGAAAUUGAGAAAGAAAAGGAAGAAAAUGAAAAGAAGAAACAGAAGAAAGCAUCCUGAUGAAGUGCACAUUGGGUAGAGCAGCUUCCAGCCUCGGUAUUGAGCUUUCUGUCUGCUUGUCCGAGCCCAAUAAACGUCUACCUUUUCUAACUCUU